AUGCUUCUACUUCAAUCUUCUUCUGUCGUGUCGCUGUUACUAGCGCUGUCCUCUUUCUCUGGAGUGCUAGCUGCACCAGCUACGGACAAAGUAGCCGACAUAGAUCUCACUUAUGGAAGCGAUGGCCUCUUCGGUUUUCGAGAUUCUGACGACUCUAAGAAGAGCGUAAAGGCUAAGAUCAGUGUCGAUAAUGACUACAAAAUACCUAGUGACCCGCAACCCAACUACCAUGUCCUAGCUGCCGACACAAGUUUUAUGCAGCUCGGAGUCGACCCAGUCGUCUGCCAUGACAAGGGCAACCAGACUGAAGAGGAGGACGAUGAUGACUCUGACAGCAAUGAAAAGCGCAGCGUUUUGCACCAACUUUUCUCCAGAGCCAUCACCUCUGACCAGAAGGAGUCCCUUAGUCUCCACAAUGCUGCUCGCAAGAAAGUCAAGGUCGCUGAGCUCAAGUGGGACACCAAACUUGAAGCUGAUGCCCUGGCUUAUGCAAAGAAGAUUGCAAAGGCCGGAAAGAUGGUUCACUCCGAAGGCAAGACUCGUCCUGGUCAGGGUGAGAAUCUUGCGUAUGCUUGGUCUAGCGACGGAUUCAAGAACCCCAUGACUGCAGGAACUAAGACUUGGCUCAACGAAAAGAAGAAGUACAAGGGAGAGAAGAUUCCCAAAGGUGAUUUCUCUGGUUACGGCCAUUACACCCAAUGCGUUUGGGAGAAAUCUACCAAGGUCGGUAUAGCAGCAGCUAAAGAUAAAAAGGGUGCCUGGUAUACAGUCGCUCGAUACAGCGCUGCUGGUAAUGUGGUUGGCCAAAAGCCUUACUAG